CGAGCUUGAGCUGUAAAACUUAACGUCACAUUUAGAUUUCUUCAAGGUAAGCAGAGAUUUUCUCUUAGAAAUCAAGACAUUUCGCUGAUAGGCCCUAGGCAUGGCGUUGGCGAGUUUUCAAACAGCUUCCAGUAGGAAUGGGCGACUUUCAGCGACACUGUCACCAGCCCUUGGGAAGUCAAGCGUGUUUAUCAUGCCUGAGAUCGGUAGGAAACGUCAAUUUCUCUCUUACCGUGUGGAUGUAGCGCGUAGAAUGCAAGCUACAAACAGGCUCAGCGAGGUAUUGCCAUUUCUGAAGCAAGGUGAUAAAGAUGCGGUGAAAAAGGAGCUUCUGUCAGAGAUUGAGCCGCUGGACAGAGGGGCAGCAGCCACGGAAGACGAUCGAAUGCGUAUCGACAAGCUUGCUCAGAAGUUGGAGGCUUUAAAUCCCACCAAAGCACCACUGAAGUCGCCUCUACUCAACGGAAAGUGGGAGCUUUUGUACACGACAUCACAAUCCAUACUCAAAUCGAACCGUCCAAAGCUGCUGCGGCCGAAUGGACCAAUCUACCAGGCGAUCAACAACGACACUUUGAGAGCUCAAAACUUAGAAACCUGGCCCUUCUUCAACCAGGUGACCGCAAAUCUAACCCCUUCAAGCUCUUCCAAAGUGGUGGUCAAUUUUGAUUUCUUCAAAAUCGCAGGCUUGAUUCCAAUCAAGGCUCCAGGACGCGCACGAGGAGAACUGGAUGUAACUUACCUGGACGAAGAUUUGCGCGUCUCUCGCGGUGAUCGGGGAAACUUGUUCGUGCUAAAGAUGUUCGACCGGAGUUAUCGAGUUCCAACACAAGGAUAGAAGAAGAGUUGUCUUUUUCUUAUUAUCGAGCAAAAGCAGUAUAACAAAUGGGACACAGCGGAGGGGCUGGGAGGUACAUCAAUGCUUGUUAGGAGCUAGCUAGCAAAAUACGCAUGAUCAAACCAAUCUUUUCCAGUU